AUGCCUCAGAGUCAUUCGACUGCAGCUCACAACCGCAGCCAAGAAUCAAUCAAUUACGACGUACCAUCCUCGUACCGCAAUCUUGACGAUGCGGUCGACCCAGAGCCAGUGCAGGAUAGAGAUCAAGGGACGUUACGGCAGCCUAUUUCGCGAGAGGAUUGCCAUGACAAGGAGUCGGAGAAAGUUGUCGAAAAGCAGGCGAAUGAGCGGCGCUCAAGGCAUGACAUCGACCAUGGGCCAGUCGGUAGCCGGUACCGCCGGCAGUCUGCCUCAGGGGUCAAUUACGAUGUUCCGGACCAGUAUGUGAAUACGGCAGAGGUCUCAAGUACCGGACCGGUACAGAACGAGGAUGGAACAGGGCAGUACCAGCACCAAUUCCUUGAGGACAUGCGUGGUCGAGACCAGGACUACCUCCAAGGCCGAGCACAGCAACAUACAGCCGGACCUGGUGCAUCGCUGUCAAUUGAGGAGGUGGAAACGCGUGGGAAAAUGGAGGUUUCCGAAUUGGCCACACAGAUAUACACGGUUUCGUAUCUCAUCCUUUUCUCGAUACUCGGCACCCUCGCGCGACUCGGACUGCAAGCUAUAACAAGCUAUCCUGGAGCACCAGUCACUUUCAGUUCUGUCUGGCCUAAUUUUGCUGGAAGCCUUAUUUUUGGAUUCCUCGCAGAAGACCGCAAACUAUUCCUUCACGAAUGGGGCACAGCGACGUACGAACGGCAGAUUCGGAAAGCUCAGCGGCAAGCAGACGAGGAAUUUGGAGGACCAGGCUCGCGAGCGGUGGAGAUAGACCUGGCAGCAGCCAAGAAGGCUCACUUGGCGACCAAGAAGACAAUACCAAUGUACAUUGGUUUGGCCACAGGGUUCUGUGGUUCUUUCACCUCGUUUUCAUCCUUCAUCAGGGACGUGUUUCUUGCACUUUCAAACGACCUACCAAGCCCGGGUCUAGGGCCGGCUACUGUCCCGCGUCAUGGGGGUUACUCUUUCGAGGCAUUGGUGGCAGUUAUUCUGGCGACGGUCUCGCUCUCGUUAGGCGGACUGUUCGUUGGCGCUCACCUUGCCAUUGCUUUAGAGCGCUUCACACCGUCAUUCCCGAUCAGGCUGACGCGGAAUGUCAUUGACCGCGCCGCUGUGUUUCUGGGCUUUGGUUGUUGGGUGGGCGCCGUGAUCCUGUCUGCAGUCCCCCCGGACCGAUUCUCCCAUGGUCUCGGAGCAGCAGAGACGUGGCGCGGGCGGGCGACAUUCGCGCUGGUCUUCGCACCACUUGGUUGCUUGGGGCGCUUCUACGCAUCGCUCUACCUCAAUGGCAGGGUGGCCUCUUUCCCGCUGGGUACAUUUGCAGUGAACAUCCUGGGGACGGCCAUACUGGGAAUGGCGUGGGACAUAGCCCAUGUUCCGGACGGCGGGGUGAUUGGAUGCCAAGUGCUCCAGGGAAUAGAGGACGGCUUUUGUGGAUGCUUGACUACUGUGUCGACAUGGGUUUCCGAACUCGCGGCAUUGCGCAGAAAGCAUGCCUAUACAUACGGAGCGACGAGUGUUGUCGUUGCGCUUGCAUGCAUGGUUGCCAUCAUGGGCGGGCUGCGCUGGAGCGACGGGUUCGCCGGCUUGGUGUGCUUGCAUUAA